AUGUUACUCUCCAGCACAGUUGCCUUUGCUUUACUAUCCGGUCUCGCACUCGGUUCUUCGAGUCGACCUCGUCGCUGCGUUAUUCCGGCUUCGAAUAGUACUUCCGAUGACUCUGCAACUGUCAAUGGCGUCUUUGCCAAGUGCGCCACGGACUCUGUGAUUGUCUUCCAAGAAGGCGUGGACUACAACAUCUUCAAACCCAUUAGUGCAAAUCUCAGCAAUGUUGAAAUCCAAGUGAAAGGAAACCUUCACCUGCCGCAAAGCAUUACCGAGAUCCAGCGCAUCGUUAACGGAACAAGCGGAUCUCUCUACUCGAAUGGCCAAUACUGGUUUACCUUCUCUGGCCCACGUAUCGAUUACGUUGGCUCAUCCAACAUCAACAAUGGAUGGAUCAACUCCUACGGCCAAGCCUGGUGGGAUGCUAACCCCGUCAAUGGCACUGGAAUUGCCUCUCGGCCUCAUUUGAUGAGUUUCAAGACUACCGAUGGCACAUUGAAAUACUUCAAGUCGCGAAAGCCAAUCGCAUGGAAUGUUCAGCUUAAGGGUGACAACAUUGCUGUUAGCCACGCUUUUAUCGAUGCCGAGUCCACUGGAUCGUUCCCCUUCAACACUGACGGUUUCGAUGUCACUGGCACAAACAUUCGAAUUACGGACAGUGUCAUUUACAACGGUGAUGAUGCCAUUGCGGUGCAAGAUGGCUCCCACAACGUGUUCUUUGAGCACAACACCAUCGGCUACCAGAGCCAUGGUAUGAGCAUUGGCUCCUUGGGUCAGGAUCAAACGGCCUUUGCCAAUGUUUCCAACAUCCACUUCGAAGAUGUCACAGUGAUUGAUGCUGUCUAUGCUGCCCGAUUCAAGUCGUGGAUUGGCGGCCAGGGACUCGUCAAGAAUGUUAGCUGGAAGAACAUCCGCGUCUACAAUGUGACCUUCCCCAUCUUUGUGACGCAGAGCUACUUCAACCAGGGAUCCUCGCAGACUCAGCUCGGCAAUGGUGUGACUACUGGACGAGUCAACAAUGCCUCUGUUGCAAUGGAAAACUUUACCUGGUCUGACUUUACGGGUUCGGUCAAUACGUAUCGUCCUGGCGAUGGAUCUUGCGCAUCGGAUCCCUGCUGGUAUAAUCUCGGCCUUCCGAACUUGAAGCAUACCGAGGCAGUCAUUAUUGAGUGCAACACGAACACUUCCUGCAAGAACUUCGAGUUGAGCAACAUCCAAGUCAUCCCGCAGAGUAUGGCUGAGCCGACCGUAGUCUGCAUUGAUGCCACUGCCGAACUGAACCCGCAUCUUGGAUUUGACUGCAAGAAUGGCACGUUCAUUCCUUCCUAA